UACUUGUAGGUAAAUAAUUAUGGACAACACAGGCAAAUAUUUACUGAACUAUAAAGGCCAUAAUUUUAUAUCUGCUAUUGUUAAUGAUAUUGACUUUCUAGAAAAUAUAGAGGAUUUUGAAAUCAGAGAUGAUGAUGUCUUCAUAAUUACAUAUCCAAAAUCCGGUACCAUCUGGACUCAGCAGAUAUUGAGUUUGAUUUAUUCUGAGGGACAUCGUAAUGGGACUGAAAAUUUGAAAACGAUUGACAGAGUCCCCUUCUUUGAAUACAAUGUACACAAAGUUGACUUUGUCAAGAAACCAUCCCCUCGCCUCUUCGCAUCUCACCUCUCCUACAAUUUAGUACCCAAGGGUCUUACAAACAAAAAAGCUAAAAUUAUUUACGUCUACAGAAACCCCAAGGAUGUUUUGAUUUCAUACUUUCAUUUUUCAAAUAUGGUGGCUAUAUUUGAAACUAUGAAUAGCAUAGAGGAACUCUUGGAAAAGUUUCUGGAUGGAAAAGUGGUGGGAGGCCUUUGGUUUGAUCACAUCAGAGGCUGGUACGAGCACAGACAUGACUUCAAUAUUCUGUUCAUGAUGUACGAGGAAAUGAAAAAGGAUCUCAGAAGUUCUGUGCUUAAAAUCAGCAGUUUCCUUGAGAAAGAACUGAGUGAAGAGGAUGUGGAAGCUAUUGUGAAACAAGCUACAUUUGAGAACAUGAAGUCUGAUCCAAAAGCAAAUUCUGAUAGUAUUAUAAGCAAUGACCUUGGGAGAGAAAAAGAUGAGAGACAUUUUAUGCGCAAAGGGACCGUUGGAGACUGGAAACGUCACUUGACAGUGGAGCAAAAUGAGAGAUUUGACAAAGUAUUCCAAAGGAAGAUGCGAGAUGUUCCCUUGAAGUUCAUCUGGGAUCUAAAUGAGGGGUAGAAUCAGUGUAAAAGAAUUAUAAUAUAGUCUACUAACCAGGAAGCCUAUUUUAAUAGAUACGUUAAUUUAUACUUCUUAUGCAAAUGUUAAUUAUACAACUUUAUUGAUAAGAAAAUGAGUAAACUGUGCUUAGAUUAGUUGCUAAGAGCUUGAUAAACACUUUGAAAUUUCAAAAAUUAAAAUGAUUUAGGAGAUAGCCUGCAUUGAUAGCCUGUAUUGUAAAGUGAAAAACAGGAAGUAUGUAAUGUGAAUUAUAAAUGUUCUGAGGGAG